AUUAUCAUUCCUUUGGUGUUUGUUCGUCUCUUGUUUAGGAUAUAAUUGAACCCUAUCGCAUUUUUUGUAUUGGUUCUGGAAGAAGAGCAAACAGGGGUGGGAAAAAUGGGGGCGAGCGGCGGCGAGGAGCUAACGCUGCAGGGAGGGUCGAGCGGCCACGAAGAGAAAAUUUUCGUUUCAGUUCGGAUAAGGCCUUUGAGUGAGAAAGAAAUUGCGAAAAACGAUGUAUCGGAUUGGGAUUGCAUCAACAAUAAUACCGUCAUGUUCAAGAAUAGUUUACCAGAACGAUCUAUGCUUCCCAAUGCUUAUAAUUUUGAUAGAGUUUUUGGGUGCGACUGCAGCACAAAAGUGGUGUACGAGGAAGGAGCUAAAAAAGUAGCUCUUUCAGUUGUCAAUGGCAUUAACACAAGCAUUUUUGCAUAUGGACAAACAAGCAGUGGGAAGACUUAUACCAUGAGUGGGAUAACAGAAUGUACAGUUGCAGAUAUUUAUGACUGCAUACAAAGACAUAAAAGCAGAGAAUUUGUUCUGAAGUUUUCUGCCAUGGAGAUCUACAAUGAAGCAGUCAGGGAUCUCCUGAGCUCAGAUAGUACUCCUCUUCGACUCCUCGAUGAUCCCGAGAGGGGGACUGUUGUUGAGAGACUCACAGAGGAGACUUUGAGAGACGAGCACCAUCUGAUGGAGCUUCUUUCAAUUUGUGAAGCACAAAGACAAAUUGGGGAGACUUCCCUGAAUGAAACUAGCUCCAGAUCUCAUCAAAUUCUUAGACUGACUGUUGAAAGUUCUGCUCGUGAAUUUUUGAGUGCAAAUAAGCCGAGCACUCUUUCAGCUACUGUGAAUUUUGUUGACCUUGCAGGAAGUGAGCGUGCUUCACAAACAUUAUCAGCUGGUGCAAGGUUGAAAGAAGGUUGCCACAUAAAUCGCAGCUUGCUAACCCUCGGAACUGUUAUUCGCAAAUUAAGCAAGGGAAGAAAUGGACAUGUUCCUUACAGGGACUCUAAACUAACACGCAUACUGCAAAACUCCUUAGGAGGCAAUGCCAGAACCGCCAUCAUUUGCACCAUGAGCCCUGCACGCAGUCACGUUGAACAAUCAAGAAACACACUCUUGUUUGCAAGCUGUGCCAAAGAGGUGGCUACAAAUGCACAUGUCAAUGUAGUGAUGUCAGACAAGGCAUUGGUUAAGCAUUUGCAAAGAGAAUUGGCUAGAAUGGAAAGUGAAUUGAAGAGUUUAGGUUCGCCUUCUGCCAUUGGUGAUUCUGCUGCAUUACUGAAAGAGAAAGAAAUUCAAAUUGAAAAGAUGAACAAAGAGAUACAAGAGUUAACUAAGCAGCGUGAUCUUGCUCAAUCACAGGCUGAGGAUUUUCUGCAAUCCUUAGGAGUGGAUAAAGUUUCACGACCAUGGGCUGAAUCUAAUCAACCCUUGGAUCCCCAAGUACAAAAUGCAUGGAGAGAUGAAUAUUCAGCAUCAGAAUCAUCGGAUGCAACUGACUUUUCACGUUUGGAUGGAGACAUGAGAACAUUCAAUAUAUCUCAGUGUCCUCAAAGACUUCCGCAUCUUAAUUCCAACAGGGACUACGUACAGUUUCCUGAAAAUUCUGAAGCGAACUUCCUGUUUGACGGUACCUCUCCAAGGCUGUUACUCACUACUCCUAGGUUUCUCAACAGUGAUCCAUACCAGUGUUGGGAGGAAAUUCCUCAAAGAAUGGAUGAAGAUUCCGAAGAUCUAUGUAAGGAAGUUCGAUGUAUUGAACCAGAAGAACAAAGCACAAAUAAAAACAUAGAAACUGAUCCUUUAUCACCUGGUACUGAAGAAAAAGGAGGAAAUCUAGCCCCAAUGCUCACUGGGGAUGAGUCUGCAUUGUCCGCACUCAAGGGUGAUGAGGAAAUGAAUCAUAUGCAUUCAGAUCAUAUUUAUGAUGCUUUGAAACAAAAAAUUCAGGACAUGCAAAGGACGAUUGACCAUCUUGUCAGUGUCUACCCUGCUGACCAAUCUCCUUGUUCAACUGAAGCAGAUUUGUCAAGCUGUCAAAGCAUGAAACUAACUAGAAGCAGAAGCUGUAGAGCAGUUUUUGACAGCAGCCCUUCUUCACCUUGGUUCUAUAGGGCAGAACAGGGUGAGAAGACACCCCCAGAUGGGUUUGAGAAAGAUUUCCCUGGAAGACCAGAACUCUUUCAGCUAAGGCCUACUGGAUUAAAGCACAGUGCAGACACCGAAAACUUUUCUAGAAAAAAUUCUGAGGCUUCUAUCCAGAGUGUUUCUGCGGAGGAGAAAGUAGAGAACACCAAGACAUCAUAUGAGGAGGUUACAACUGACAUCUACAAUUCCACUCAAGGAACGAAUAAAUUGGCCAAACCCCAGGAGAGAGUGGUUAAAACUGAUGAAUUGGAGGAAAGUGUAAAAGGAACUGGCUUUGAAAAGGUGCAGGAUGCCAAUCCGCAGUCCCCUUCCAAUUGGCCUGCAGAGUUUGAGAGACAGCGGAGAGAGAUAAUUGAACUAUGGGAUGCAUGCUAUGUGCCAUUGGUCCACCGAACCUACUUCUUCCAGUUGUUCAUAGGUGAGCCGUCAGACUCUGUUUACAUGGAGGUGGAGCUCAGAAGGUUGUCCUUUCUCAAAGACAAAUUUUCAGAUGGCAGCAAAACUGUAAAAGAUUGUCAAACUCUCACAUUAGCUUCAAGCAGGAGGGCUCUGAAUCGAGAGAGGGAGAUGCUGAGCAAGCAAGUGAUGAAGAGGUUCUCACAGAAGGAGAGAAAUGAUCUUUACCAGAGUUGGGGGAUUGGGCUGGGCACCAAACGGAGGAGGCUGCAAUUAGCACGCCGCCUAUGGACAAACACCAAAGACAUGGAACAUGUAAAGGAGAGCGCUGCCCUCGUGGCCAAGUUGGCGGGAUUUUUAUUGCCCGACAAGGCCUCCAAGGAGAUGUUUGGACUCAGCUUUUCCCCUCGACCCCUAAAUCACAGAUCCUAUAGCUGGAAAAACAUGUCUGCUCUGUUAUAAUCUUUUGCUGGAGCUGCAGAAGAUCAAUGUAAUUAGAACAUUUGGUACUAAUUCUUAAUGUCUCAGAUCAGCUGCUCUAUCUUAACACAGUUAUCAAAAUGCUUUCUUCUUUCUUUUUUUUCCCUUGGUUCCGAUUGUAAAUUGAGAUAGUUUCAAUUAAAUUUGAUUAUUUAUUGU